AUGGCGGAAGAGGUGUCGGUACAGGACGUGGACUUUACGGAAUAUUGCAUCCUGGAGAGCAAUGAUCCGACGCCUGUUAAGUUUAAGGUGCGGCGUGAGGCCGCUAUGAUGUCAGGUUUGCUGAAGGACAUGUUGGAGGACCAAAAUGGUGGUGACCCCAUCAUUCCCAUCCCUAACGUUUCCGCUCGCACACUCAAACUUGUGAUUAAAUACAUGGAGCACCACCACAAGGAACGGGCUGAUCCCAUCGAGAAGCCACUUAAGUCAAACAUUGAGAAGAUCAUCUCCCCGUGGGACCACGAUUUCCUCUACACCGAACUGGUAAAGGAUCAUGACGAGAAACAACACGAGGUUCUCAUCGACGUCAUUAUGGCGGCAAAUUUUCUGAACGUGCGGGAUCUACUGGAUCUCACCUGUGCGUGUGUAGCGAACAUGAUCCGUGGGAAGUCUGCUGAGCAGAUUCGAGAACUCUUCAACAUUGAAAGCGACUUCACUCCCGAAGAGGAGGAGAAAAUACGGGAGGAGAACCGCUGGUGCGAAGAGGCGUAA